CCACUAUCUGGUACAUUGCCAGCGUUCGGUCCGUGAUGAAAACGCUGAAGGUGUACGCUGGAAAGGUGUCCCAGAAGACCAAAGAGCUUGCCAUCGAGAAGAAGCGGACGGAGACGUUAUUGCACCGGAUGCUGCCUCCCAGUGUGGCCGACCAGCUGAAGAAGAAGAAUGAAGUUUCGGCAGAGCACUUCGAGAGCGUAACAAUCUAUUUCAGUGACAUCGUCUCCUUUACCGACAUGGCAUCUAAGAGUACCCCCAACCAAGUGAUCAUCAUGCUCAAUGGGUUAUACAGUAUGUUUGACGGCUGCAUUGACCACUAUGAUGUGUACAAGGUGGAAACAAUUGGAGAUGCCUACAUGGUAGUGAGCGGUCUGCCAGAACCUAACGCCGACAAACACGCCACUGAGAUUGCACUGAUGUCGUUAGAACUAAUGAAACUGGUCAACAGCUUCCAGAUACCGCAUUUGCCUGGAGAGCGACUGAGGAUAAGGAUUGGGAUACAUUCUGGGCCAGUGGCGGCGGGCGUGGUAGGGCUGAAGAUGCCGCGGUACUGUCUGUUUGGAGACACUGUGAAUACUGCAUCCAGAAUGGAAUCUACCGGGAAAGGGGAAAAAAACUGUUGACACGUUUUGGUUGACGAACGAGCUACACAUGGACACUUCUUCACAACGA